CAUAGCAAUUGCACUCGCCCUGACUUGCGCGCGUUUGAGCAAGGAAGAGCUCUAAGAGCGCUGAACACGCGACGACAUUAUCUACUGUACAAAAGCAAAUUGCAUAUUUAUACCCGAUAGCACCAAGGUCACCUCGCUUGUCUUGAACUCUCUUCGAGCCAUGCUGCACUGAAUUUCAGGUCGCCAGCUUGAGCGCUGCGAACAAGUCGUUCAGUCUCCGGGGUGUAGGGGGUCAUGGCACCCAAAGCCCCGGCGCCUGGGGCCAAGCCUGGGGACCCCAAGGCGAAAGGAGCCGCGCCCGUAGAGCGCGUCUCUUUCCUGGAUAAAGCCUUUCCAACAUGGGUUGACCUUCCUCCAGAUAAAGACCCGCCGAGCAAUGAAAAGUACGAGGACCUGGCGGGUCUGGUGCUGCCGCCGGAGACGCAGAUGUUCCUGGACACCUGGAAGCGGCCGGAGGAGCUGGUGCUCAACUCGCCCGACGUGCCCAUGGUCACGACCGUGGCGCCGCCGCCGCCGCCCGAGCCAACGGGUGGCAAGGAGGGGAAGGCCGACAAGGCCGCGGCUAAGAAUGCGCCUGUAGUGCUGAGCCGCGACCUGGAGGGCAGCCUGCAGGCGGGGCACCGCACCUUCGAAUGGCUGCAGGCCGUGUUCGUGAUGGUCAUCUCGGCGCAGAAAGCUAUCAAGCCGGGAGAGUACUUGUGGGAGCUCAUCUACCCCAAGGACAAGGACGGCCAGGCCACUAAGUCGCCCAACGGCAAGUACAAAAUCAAGCUGUACAUCAUGGACGCGUGGCGCACGGUGGUUGUGGACGACCGCAUCCCGGUGGACCUGUUCGGCCGGCCGCUGCUGGUGAACGCGCGGCCCAUCCAGCUGUGGCCUCUGCUUCUGUCCAAGGCGGUGCUCAAGGUGCUGGCCGCCAACCGCAUCCUGCACUGCGGCCUGCCGCACCAGGCCGCCGCCUUCCAGCUGCUCACGGGCUGGCCGCAGGAGGACCUGCUGGACUCGCUGUCAGGCACGCGGCUCUCCGGCGGCCGCCUGUUCGACAGGCUGGAGGAGGCGGUGCGCGGGAAUGAGGAGCGCACGGAGCGCCACGCCGUGGCGGCGGUGACGCUGGUCAAGCGCGCGCUGCCGGAGCGGCCGCCGCCGCGCCUGAUCGUGCUGGUGGGGCCGUCGGGCGUGGGGCGCGGCGCGCUGCUGCAGCGGCUGGUGGGCGAGCUGCCCGACAAGUUCGGGCUGACGGUGUCGCACACCACGCGGCCGCCGCGCGAGCAUGAGGUGCAGGGCGGCGACUACUUCUUUUGCGAGAUGGGCGCCUUCCGGGAGGAGGCGGCGGCGGGGCGGCUGCUGGAGAACGCGCCCGUGCCCAGCGCCAACGACGGCGUGCACCUGUACGGCACCAGCUUUGCCACCGUGCGCGAGGUGGCGGCCACCGGCAAGCUGUGCCUCAUGGGGCUGGACGUGCAGGGCGUGCGCAGCCUGCGUGCCAACAAGCGCAUCGACGGCCUGUACGUGUUCGUGUCACCGCCCAGCUUAGACGAGCUGGAGCGGCGCCAGCGCGGCCGGCUGAAGGAGGCCGAGACCACCAUCGCCAAGCGCCUGGCCUGGGCCAGGGCGGAGCUGGACAAGGCGGCAGGCGGCAAGUCCGUGCACAGCGGCGUACCGGCCGGCGGCGCCGGCAGCGCCUCCGGCGGCGCGGGCGCGGUGAUUGACUACGUGAUCGACAACGGUGACGACGGCGACAAGGUGUACCUGGACGUGAAGGAGGCCAUCAGCACGCUAUCGCCCAUCAUCCGCAACCGCCUGCACGGCCUGCCCGCCUACGUGCUGGACUACGCCGACCUGAUUGCGCCCAACCUGGUGGAGAAGCCCUUCCUCAAGCCCGUCGUCAUCACCGGCCCCACCACCGGCGAGCGCCGGGCGCUCAUGGAGCAGCUGGUGCGGGAGUUUCCGGACGUGUUCGCCUACCCGCGCCACACCACUACCAGGCCCGCGCACGAGGACGCGCUGUACCGCGUGGACGCGGCCGACUCGCCGCCAGAGCAGGUGGAGUUCGAGGUGAUCAAGACCAAGGACGGCGAGGAGGUGAAGAUGUCGCGGCCCACGUUCACGUCCGUCAGCCCCACGGAGUUCACCAGCGCGGCCAGGUCGGGCGCGCUGCUGGAGCACCACACCGAGCUGUUCAAGCACCCGCUGGUGACGCGGCAGUGGGGUGUGACGGCGGACGCGAUCAAGGAGGUGAUCCGCGCCGGCCGGCUGCCGUUGAUGGAGUGCGAGACGGAGGGUGCGGAGAUGCUGAAGAAGCGCGGCAUCGACUGCCUCACGCUGUUCCUCAAGCCGCCCAGCAUGGACGUGUUCGAGACCCGGCUGCGUGACCACCUGACGGAGACGGACGAGGAGAUUGCGGCGCGCCUGGACAUGGCCCGCCGCGAGAUGGAGGCUGCCGCAGCCGCCGGCUCGCCCUUUGACGCCACCAUUGUCAACGACGACCCGGAAGCCGCCUACGCCGAGCUCACUCGCCUCAUCAGCCGCUGCCGCCCCGACAUCAUCGUGCCGGAGGAGGACCGCCAGGCAGAGCCGCCCCCGCCGCCCAAGCAGCCGGUGUUGGUGCUGUGCGGCCCCUCCGCCGCCGGCCGCAGCGCAUUGGCCAAGCAGCUGCUCAGCACCUUCCCGGACAAGUUCACAGCGCCGGGCAUCACCACAGACCGCAAGCCGACUAAGGGCGAGAUCAGCACCGCCGCUUGCACCUUCGUGGGCCCCAAGGACCUGGUUAAGAUGCAGGCGGAGGGGCUGAUCGCCUACAUGCGGGCGCCGGAGGAGAAGGGCGCCGGCACCACCGCCAUCACCAACGCCGCGCUGCUGCGUGUGGCGGGCGAGAACAAGGUGGCGGUGCUGGAGCUGCCCGACGGCGGUGCCGUGGUGCCCGAGCUUCGCAAGGGCGCUGUGCUCAAGGACGCGCUGUACGUGUUCGUGGCCAGCCCGGGCCAGCUGCGGGAGAGCCUGGAGCGCGAGGCGGAGGCAGCGGCAGCCGAGGCCGCCAUGAAGCGCAGCAAGAGCACCAAGGGUGGCGCAGCCGCCGCCGCCGCUGCCGCGGCGGGAGGCGCGGGUGCGGAUGUGGAUGCGGCGCUGGCGGAGCUGGACACGCAGGCCGGCGGCGCCGCCAGCAGCGGCGAGCUGUACGACACCGUGGUGCGGGAGGACGACAUCAUGGACCUCAUCAGCGCCGUGCGCAUGGCGCUGGCGGCGCACGUGCCGAACGUGGUGCCGCCGCCCUACCGGCCGCUGGUGGUGGCGGGCGCCUUCGGCACCGGCAAGCGCAAGCUGCUGGCGCGGCUGUUCGACGCGCUGCCGGGCCGCUUCGCCGUGCCCGUCAUCACCACCACGCGCCAGCCGGGCCCCACUGACCCCGACCAGGCGCGGGAGGGCAUGGCGAUCAUCAGCAAGGCGGAGGCGGACGCGGUGACCGCGGCGGGAGGCUGGGCCACGCGGCGGGAGGUGCUGGGCGAGGUGUACGGCAUUACGGUGGCGGCGGUGAAGAAGGUGGGCGCCAGCGGCCGCGUGCCCAUCAUCGAGGUGGACCACGUGGAGGACGCGGCGGCGCUGCGGGCGCGCGGCUUUGACGCCGCCUACCUGUUCAUUGGCAUGGAGGACAUGGGCAAGCUGUUCCACGUCAUCAACGAGGAGCUGUCCGCCAACCCGCCGCUGGGCUACGAGCUGCAGGACGCCGUCAACCAGUUCUUCGCCGCCGCCAAGGCCGAGAUGGCGGCCUCCCGCCAGCCCGGCCUGUUCGACGAGUGGGUGCACCACGUGCACGACGCCCCCGACCCCUCCUUCAUCCGCCUGGCGGAGGCCGUGCACCGCAGCUACCCCGACGUCGUGACGCGGCACUUUGUGUGGGGCUACGGCCGGCAGCUGUGGGACGAGGCGGUGCGAGUGCACGGCCACCGGCCGCUCAAGGUGAUGGUGCUGGGCCCCGCGGCGUCGGGCAAGAGCACGCAGUGCGACAUGCUGGCGGCGCACUUUGGCAUGCCGCACGUGAACGUGGGUGACCUGCUGUUCGAGGAGGUGCGCAAGAAGACGCCGCUGGGGCUGGAGGCCAAAGAGUACAUGGACGCCAGCAAGACGGUGCCGGACAGGUUCUUCUUCGAGGUGCUGACGCAGCGCCUGGCUGAGCCCGACUGCGUGGCUCGCGGCUGGCUGCUGGACGGCUUCCCGCACACGGCCGAGCAGUGCGAGGAGCUGGGCCGCCGCGGCAUCAGCCCAGACAAGGUGCUUCUGCUGGAGGGCGAGCACGCGGUGCUGCUGGACCGCUCGCGCUACCGCCGCUACGACCCGGCCACGGGCAAGGUGUACCACAUGCCGGGCGACAACGACGACGCGCUGUCGCCGCCCAUACAGCCGGAGCGGCCAGACGGCAACCUGGACGCCGAGGUGGUGGCCAGGCUGGUUCCCCGCCACGACGACUCGGACGAGAACGUGUCCGCCCGCCUGGCGCUGUCGGACGCGCACGUGGCGGCGCUGCGCGACGCGUACGAGGACAUCUGCUUGCGCCUCAACAGCACCUCGGACCCGCGCGUCAUGUUCCAGCAGGCGCUGGACUACCUGACGUUGGAGGCGCGGGUGCCGGAGCUGGCGGUGGUGCCGUCCACCUCGCUCAAGGAGCUGCAGUACGUGGUGGCCACCACGCUGCGCCACCGGCGGCAGCAGCUGCUGCAGCUGCAGCAGGACGACGGCCGGACGUACUGGGUGGACAGCAAGGAGGUGCUGGGGGCUAAUGCGCACUGCGCGCUGCUGUGCCAGGACCCGGCGCUGUUCCCCACCAGCCACCAGCUGCGGCGUGUGGACACGGGCAAGCUGUCGCGUGUGGCGCUGCUGUACGUGGACUCGCCGGAGCCGGUGAAGCUGCUGUCCUCGCUGUUCACGGGGCCGCAGUACGGGCUGCUGGAGGACCCGCCCACGCCCCGCAACGUGCUGGUGCUGGCGGGGCCGGCGGGCGUGGGCAAGACCGCGGUGCUGCGCAUGCUGCUGCAGCAGCUUGGCGAGCAGCUGGAGCUGGUGCCGGUGGUGACCAGCCGGCCGCCGCUGCGGAGGGAGCUAGGCACACGUGUGGUGCUCCACCCGGCCGCAGCGGACGGCACAGGUGGCGAGGUGGCGGAGGGGCAGCCGGGCCUGGGCCCCGCGGACCGCGACACCAUUGCUACCGCCUGCUGCGUGUCUCUAGAUGCGAUGGAGGAUGCGGAGGCCGCAGGGCAGCUGUUGGGCACCUGCGAGGGCUGGGACGGGCACCGCUACGGCGUGUCACGAGCGGCGCUGCAGGCGGCGUGGGCAGCUGGCAAGCUGCCGGUCGUGGAGGGCCCUCUGGAGCUGGCCCUGGCUCUGAAGGAGCUGAACAGCGUGAUGGUGCCACUGCAGAGCGCGCACCCGCCCGCGCUGUCCACGCAGCCAAGCGGCCACCCCGCACUGUCCACCCAGGCAUCCGGGCACCCGGGGGCGCUGUCCACGCAGGCAUCCGGGCACCCGGGGGCGCUGUCGGCGCAGCCCUCCACCGUGCAUGACCUGCACGGCCACGGCACUGAGAGCGGCGAGGCCGGGCACGGCACCGAGAUGGGGCCGCUGCUGAGCGCUCGCGUGGUGUACCUUGCAGUGGAUGUGGCGGAGCAGGAUGUGCGGCUGCGUCUGCAGGACCAGCGCGAAGAGGCGGCGGUGGGCGUGUGCAUUGCAGCCGCGGUGCGGGAGGCGGAGACCAUCCGGGCAAUGCAGAAGGCGCUGGAUGACCAUGCCGCAGCUGUCAAAGCGGCGGCGAACAAGCCGCCCUCGCGUGCAGUGACGCCGCCGCAAGGCGGCCGCACGGCAGGCGCGGCCGCGGCCGCGGCCGCAGCAGCGGCGGCAGCCGCCGCCGCCGCUGCGCCGCCACCGCCGCCACCAUCGUUGGAUGUUGUGAUGCAGGCCACGGAUGCGGUGGUUGCGUUCCACGCCGCGAAGCGGCUGGCGGCGGACAGCUGGCGGCGGCCGCGCGCGCAGGUGGCGGGGCAGCUGGUGCUGGAGGCGUUCGACUGGCGCGCGCCGGGCGGCCGCCCCGGGCGCACCGUGCAGCGGCUGCGCACGCUCAUGGCCAACGCUGGGCUGCUGGAGCUGCCGCGCGGGCGGCACGUGCUGCGCAUCAACAGCGACCCGCUGUUCCUGCACGCGGUGACGUUCAUGUCCUCCACGCCCUGCACCGUGGGCGAGUACAGCCAGGUCAUGCCGCUGUGCGCGCCGGAGGCGCACGUCGUGCCGCUGGAGGGCCGCUACGGCGAGGCGCCGGCGGGCGCCGUGGGCGUGCUGUUCCGCUACUGCUUCGCGCUGCAUCAGGCCGCCACACUGUCGGCCUACCUGUCCAUCAAUGGGGAGGACAUGCGCGCCGCCACGCGGCUGCUGCUGAUGGACCGCGCAAGCGGCGUGGCGCGGCCGGUGCCCAGCAACAGGCUGCACGCCACGGAGCUGCCCGCCAGCGGGGCCGGCUACUGCCUGCUUGCGCUGUACGACACUGGGUCGCGGGGCGUGAACGAGGAGGGCACCUACUGCCUCACCGUCACAUGCACCUCGCCGCUGGCGGGCGCCGCCGCGGGUGCGGGGGCGCUGACGGAGGUUCCCUGCCACCGGCUGGACUCCUUCGUGGAGGCCUACCGCCCCAACAGCCGCGCCACGCUGUCGCGCCACGUCAUCACCUGCACCACCACCACGCAGCUGGCGCUGGUGGCGGCGGCGGAGCCGCGCCUGCCCUUCCGCCUCACUCUGCAGGAGGCGCCCACCGGCCGCGAGAUCACGUGGCUCACCAGCCCCGACUACCCCACCCUCGUGUCCGCAGCGUCCGUGCGCGGCGUCACGCCGGCGUCGGUGGUGCCGGCGCCAGUCGGUGCCGAAGGCGCCGCCGCCGGUGCCGGCGCCUCGCCGCCGCCCGUGCCUGACGGCUUCGCGUUGGUUGCUGACGUGACGCUGAAGCCGGGCAAGUACCUGGUGAGCUGCACGUUGGACGCCGCGGACUGCCCGGCGGGCAUGCAGCCUGACCCGCGCACCGGCGCGCUGCCGGAGGGCGCCGAGCCGGUGAAGCUGCGGCUGUGGGUGGCGCCCAGCGCGGAUGAGAAGAGCUGCACGGUGCUGGCGGACAACGCGCUAGCAAAGUACGUGCAGGGCGUGUAUGAUAAGUGGAACACGGCGCCCGUGCAGCUGAUCGCGCAGCCGCCGCCGGGCGGCGCCGCCACCAAGGGCAAGGGCGGCGCCGGUGCGCCGACCGCCGGCGGUGGCGCCAAGGCGGCUGUGGGCGCGCGGCCGGCGGUGGCGGCCAACAUGCUUGAAAAAUACAAGGCAGAGGUGGCGAACGGCGGCGCGGCGGUGGCGCCGGCGGCAGUGGGCGGUGACGGCUCGCCGCUGCCGGGUGCCGUGACGCGCGUGAUCAAGGACGGCAGCACGCUGGUGCUUGACCCGACGGCCCAGCUGCGCGUGCUGCCUGCAGGCGGCAAGCCCGGGUCCGGGCCGGUGCUGCUGAGCGCCGAGCAGCUGGCGGAGCGGCAGGCCGCCGCCACGCAGGCCGCGGCCAGCGAGGGCGCGGCGCGCCUAGCCAGCGUGGGGGCUGCGCUGCAGGCGAGCAAGGGCGAGCGUGCGGGCUUCAAGCAGCGCCAGGCCAACAACUUUGCGGAGUGGCGUGCGUCGCUAAUGGCGGCGCAGCGGGAGGCGGCCAGCAAGAGGCACGAGUUGGCAAGCCAAGUGAAGGCGGCGGCGGUGCCGCCGCCAACGCCACCCGGGCCCGAGCCGUCGGCGCCUAGUGCGAGCCACGGGAAAGGAGGGGCGCAUGGUGGCGCGGGGAGACCGGCACUAGCAUAGGAGGUCACAGGGGUAGGGCCAACGCCGCGAGGCACGGGCAUAACUACAGCAGGUUAGAUUAUGCUAGAGUCUCAUGGUGACGAGCUGUCGUUAGUUGAUUCGCCAUCUAUACGCAACCAACGUGUGGUAGACGGUUGUGGCUUCGGGCACUGCGCAGCCGUCGGUGUCGAAGGCCUGCAUGUGCUCGUAAAUAGUCGGAAGUUUGUUACGCAGCUGCGUUGACCCCGCAUGCUCUGCCCCGCUAUGAACAAACAGCACAGCGAGGUUUGACAAACAGCGGCAGGCCCGCCGGGUGUUUCCAGCAUGAAGUCCUCAUGGCCAAUCCCAUGGCGCCAAGUACUUCAUCGGCUCCCCCGCGCGACUGUACUUUCAUAUACAAAACAA